UUGUUUCCUGGCAGACGACUUUCUUUGAGACAUAGUGUAUCCACGUGUGUCUGCUGCUUAAGCUGCAAGUAUGCCAAAGAAAGGGAAAACGCCAAAGAGGUCUGAGGCGGACGUGCCACCUAAGCGCAGCAAGCCGGACAGUCCUUCCCCUUUCUGCUUCGACAGCCCGGCCAGCCUGUUCCAGAGCCUCAUCUCUCCGCUCGGGGUCCAGGAAUUUUUCCGGGAUCACUGGGAGCGGCGACCCCUGCUUCUGCAGAGGAGCGACCCAGCUCUGGCCGCCCGUUACCCGUCCCUCUUCCGGCUCUCGGACCUGAAGGAGCUCUGCAGCCGGGGCAUCGCGUACGGCAGGGACGUCAACGUCUGCCGCGCCGCCGGCGGCAAGAAACAGGUCUUGAACAAAGAGGGCAGGGCCAGCUACAGCCAGCUGAGGAAGGACUUGGAGAAGAAGAAGGCCACGAUCCAGUUCCAUCAACCCCAGAGGUUUAACGAUGAGCUGUGGAGGAUUCAGGAGCAGCUGGAGUGCUAUUUUGGCUCUCUGGUGGGGUCAAACGUGUACAUCACCCCAGAAGCGUCUCAGGGGCUGCCGCCACAUUACGAUGAUGUUGAGGUGUUCAUUCUGCAGCUGGAAGGAGAGAAGCACUGGCGCCUGUAUAAGCCCACAGUGCCCCUGGCCCGUGAGUACAGCCUGGAGGCCGAAGAGCAGAUUGGCAGCCCCACACACGAGUUCACACUCAAGCCAGGAGAUCUCCUGUAUUUCCCAAGAGGCACAAUUCAUCAGGCAGAUACCCCUGCUGGAGUUGAAUAUUCAACCCACAUAACCAUUAGCACCUACCAGAACAUGUCUUGGGGAGAUUUCCUGCUGGAUGCGUUUCCUGGCUUCUUGUUUGAUGCUAUGAGGACCGAGAUCCCCAUGAGAGCCGGCUUGCCCAGGAAACUACUGAUGGAUGUAAACUCAUCCGAUUCCACGGUCAAGCAGUUGGCGGGGUUUGUCCGAAGACUCGCGGACAAGAUCGAGGAAGGGCAGGAACUGAGGUCUGCGGACAUGAAGAGAGAUUUCAUCUCCAGCAGGCUGCCCCCUUUUCUGGAGGAUGGCUCCGAGGUGAUGCCAGCUGGGAAGAUGCCCAAACUGGAGGAUACCGUGAGGCUCCGGUUUAAGGACCACAUCCUUCUCUCCGUGGAGCCCAGCCGGGAGAGGACAGACGAGUCGACCGAGCUGGUGGUGUUUGUGUUGCAUUCCCUGAGGAACAGCAGGGAGACGCACAUGAUGGGAGAGCAGCAGGACGAGCUGAUGGACAGUGAAGCUGCCUGCCAGGCUCAGGGCCUGCGUUUCCCCUUGACCCACCUGAAAGCUCUGAGGCAGCUGCUGAACAGCGAGUCAGUCCCCGUCUCCGAGCUCCUGCUGGAGCAGGAGGCCGACAGACGCAGCCUGGCCCUGGCGCUCUGGGCAGAAGGCCUGGUACUUGUGAGCUAACAGAACGCAACAAACUGUACUGUACCGUUUCUGAAUGAGAGGCUAAUUAUGUUCUGAAAAUAAAGGCUUAAAUGCAGUGUUUCGGCCUAUGGAAACUUCUACAGGCUUUGAGAUGUCGUAGCCAAGA